ACUUCCGCAUUGGUUUAAGCUGAAAAUCGGCGGCUGGUUGUCCCUCUCUGUCAUUCGAUUGGACAGUGAUAAAGUAAUAACAAAAAGUUCUGUUUACUCAUCAAGCGACUGGACGAGGAUGGCGGGUGGAAAACCGUGUCGAGUUUGUAAUUACACACGCCAGAAAUCCAUUGGUUUGGCUGUACCGUCUAUAGAUGAACUCAAGAUAAAGGGUGGGGAGUCCCUUGGUUUCAAUCCGAGCUCCUCAGUCAGGGUGGUUCUUGAAGAAGAUGGGACAAUUGUGGAGGAUCAAGCCUACUUUUUGUGUUUACCACUCAACACAAAGUUUAUGCUUUUGGCUGAGAAAGAGACAUGGUCACCACUUAAAAAGAUGGAUGGUGGCACAGCGUGGAUGGCCCGGGACUCUGUGCUGAUGGACGCAGAUGAGGUGGAUGCUGCUGUUUUUCCCUGGGUGAGUUUGGCUCAGCGGCUGAAGGAGGACAUGGCAAGUGUCAUUCUCAUGGCAGAAGCAGAUUUACAGAUGUUAAUAGAUGUCCCUCACACUGAGCUGGCCUCUGCUCUGGGCUAUGAUGAGAAAAAGACCAAGGACCUUCAGGGGACACUGCAGGGAUAUUUGGACAGAAAGGAGGAGGAGAGACAGUCUAAAGAGCUGCUCCAGCUUUACUUUAAAACCAUCAAUCAAGGGCAAGACACUGAAAAUCCAGCUGAAUCUAGUGCGGCAGACCUGGAUGUCCCUGACGGGCUGGAGGUGGACUCAGUGUCUGGGUUCCCGACCCGGACAAUCAUGGUUCUGAAAGGAAAAACUAGCCCUGAAACCAGGCUCUCCACAGAAGACCUGCAGCUGGUGGUGAGCCGAGGAGUGGAAGCCAUGGAGCAGAUUUUGGGCUGGGACACAACCAGGACGUCAUCUCUGCUGGAGGCCUGUGAGACAGAGCUGAAGAAGAGACUUGAACAGAUCAAGGCAGUCCAAUUUCUCAGGACUAACUCUCAAAUUGACAGCAACCCAACAUAAAACAACAGAAGCACAGGACACAGCAGCCCAGGACAACCGAUAGAGGAACGCCUACACCUGAGAAAAGACUGAUUAAAGUUUAUAUUACUGCCUCAGGGUUGAAGGAAUGGGCUGUUACUUAUAAUUUCUGUGAGUUACGAAUGUUAAUAUUAUGUUUAUACCACUUUUUUAGCUGGUUUAGUCACUUGGAACUGGGUGAUUAGGUGCCAAAAACGAAUUACCACUUUGGAAACUUUUCAUAUUGUCUUUGUUAUGCAACGAUCAUGUGCCAUAAGUUUUUUGAACAUAUAUUUUUAUUAAGAAAUAUACCUUUGAAACUAUACUGUUUUUUUGCUACCUAUUAGGACCAAAGUAUGUAACUGACUUAAGAAAAUUACUUUCAACUUGAACUCUUUAUGUUUACUCUUCAGGUUUUGUUUAAGAAGAAAGUAUAUUUUGUUUUCCUGAGAGGGUUUUAAUGUAUUUUUUAGGAUGCAAUAAUGAGGGAAAUCAGCCAAACUUUUGAUAAUCUAUUUGAUAAGUUGAAUUAAUGGUCUAACUUUGUAUUUGUUUUGAUUGGACUGCAUCCUAAGGGUCAAACCACGGUACAGUUAAUCAUUGUAGUACCCCAGAUCUUGCACUACUUUUAAAUUGCAUUUUCCAUGUUUAUUUUCUCCAGCUUCAUAAAUAUGACGUAGUUACAUUUGGUACAUCAUGUUGAAUGGAGUUGUUUCACUGGAGAACUUGUCUGUGGUUGACGUAGGGGUAAUAUUACUAUGUACAUACAAAAGUUGCACUAAAGCAGUAUUUCUGGAUGAAUGCUCCUAUAAUCAUGUACCAUUGUAGAAGUUCUGCGUCUAUUGGCUGUAAGAUGCGGGGAAAAUGAGUCAUAGGUCACGUCUGCUGUCAACACGGGCAUCUCCUCAUAAAAUAAUGCAAAUCCCACUGUUUUGAUUUAAAAACGAUUAUCCAGCAGCUGUGUUUGUGCCACCAAAGUCUUGUAGUUGAAUAUUAGAUACAAGAAGCGUUUAUUGCUUGACUCUCUUCUUAUUUUUCAUAUUUUCGAAGUGACAGUGCCGAGACGACGCUGACAAAACAUCACAAAACUGAAACGCCA